AUGCAGAGAAAUCUCGACAAUGAGAUGGACUUUGAACGGACAGAUGCAGGUGCCUCGCAGACGUAUCAACAGCAGGCUGGCACCAUCAAGAAAGGAUCCUAUGUGAUGCUGAAAGGCCAUCCCUGCAAGAUCAUGGAGGUGACCACCUUCAGUCCUGGCAAGCAUGGGCACGCCAAAGCACACAUGGUCGGUCUUGACAUCUUCACCGGCAAGAAGUAUGAGGAGACGUCGCAGACGUCGCACAACAUGGACGUGCCAGUGGUCACCAAGACCGAGUAUCCCUUGAUGAAUCUGAAUGCUGAUACGGGAGCCGUGAGUCUUCUUCGAGACAACGGGGAGUUGAAGAUCGAUCUCAACCUCCCCGCGGCUCCGGCUGGGAAGCCCACUGAAGACGAUGCCAAGCUCCAGGCAGACAUUCUGCGGGCCUUUGCCAAGGACCUACUGAUCACCCUGAAUGUCAUCGCAGCCUGUGGCAUGGAAAAAGUCAUCAGUUUUUCCGCGACGGACUAA